GUUGCACUGGUUCCUGGUAGAGACAUAAGUACUUGUGCAGAUUUGAAGCCWUUUUCUGCAGAAUUACACGCCUUAAUCUUACAAUUUACCUCAUUAUUACACAGUUUGUGCCGUCAAAAUGAAAUUUCACUGGACAAGAAACAUGGCUGGUCAGUCGCUCAGCGAUGAUGACAUGCGAGUUAUCCCACACCCCUUGUUGGAGCUUAACGUUCAUGUUACGACUAAGACAGUACAGGCCUGUGCAUUACUUGGCAUGGUUCUUAUAGGACCUGCAGUACGUCUGAUCAGGGGACCAAGAACCAUGGGGGCUUUUACAGACACGGCAAUCAAGGCCGGGAAGAUUGGGGCACUGAUUGGCUUACCCCUUGGUCAUGCUAUGACCUUCGCAAUGCUCAAAAAGGCAAAGGUUGAUGAUGAUGGUCUAUAUGAUAGAUGUUAUCGACUACGAUACAAUAGAAACCAGGUCCGCAUUGAUAGGCUUUCUUAUUUGGGUGCUGUUGGAGGGGCUGCAGGGGCACUUUAUAUGGGAAGUGCUCUUUCAUCAGGAGCUGUGGUGGGCCUCGUAGGAGGCACAUUAUUGGGUAYGAUCUACAACAGCACCAUUGGUGAAAGACAUGCUUAGUUCAUAAACUUUUCAAGCAGCAUAAAUCCUCUACUAUGAUUGGUUGAACUACUAGUGGUCUAACCCAAACAAUGUGAAAAAAUAAAUCAUUUCAAGCUAAUUUCAAAAUUGUUUUUAUCCAUUAUUGGACAGGUUUGUAGGUUUAUGCUAAAACAAUUAGACCUUUUGCCUUUGUGGUAUAUGAGUCAAUAGCCCAUUUUGGCCUCAUUGGCUAUUGUCUCAUAGACCAUAAAAGCUGUGUUCCUAUUGUUAAUUAAACAAGUUGACUCUGUACUAUUUUUUAAGAGACAUUGCGGUACAAAUGUUUCUGUCCAAAAUCGAACCUUCUUCUUCACUGAAGAUAGGUCUGAGAUUGGAUCGAAAUAUCUGUGUGAUGUAUCUUAAUAAAUGAGCCAGAGGCAACUAGCCUAAUGAAGAAUAGUCUGCUGAUAAGUAGAUAAAGAAUAUAAUGAUAAACUAUUUGAUUGUAAAAUGGCUCCAGAUUAUCUUUAAGUAAACCUUACUGCAAGAGUGUUUUCAUAUAAAAAUGAAUAUUUCCAUCGAUCUAAGGGACUUUAGAAUYGAAAUUAAAAAUAUUCCUAAUCAUUUACUAUUUGUUAUUCUAUUGUAUGCCAUUCUUGCAAUUAGGUUUAUGUAUGUUGAACAAAUUGAUUAAUAAACGUUUUUUAAAACAUU